UAAGAGUCAGCGUCUUGAAUGAUGCUCUAAAGAGCAUGUAUAAUGCUGAAAAGAGGGGAAAGCGGCAGGUCAUGAUAAGGCCUUCGUCAAAAGUGAUUAUCAAGUUUCUUCUGGUCAUGCAGAAGCAUGGAUACAUUGGAGAAUUUGAGUAUGUUGAUGACCACAGAACUGGAAAAAUUGUGGUUGAAUUGAAUGGAAGACUAAACAAAUGUGGUGUCAUCAGCCCAAGGUUUGAUAUUGGUGUCAAGGAAAUUGAGCCUUGGACUGCAAGACUGCUCCCAUCGAGACAGUUUGGUUAUAUUGUGCUAACAACAUCUGCUGGAAUCAUGGAUCAUGAAGAAGCACGUAGGAAAAAUGUUGGGGGUAAAGUACUUGGGUUCUUUUACUAGGCGUAGUCUGAGAAUUUUCUGUCGAAGUUGCAUUUGACAAACUUUACGCCUUCUUUUGAGUUUUUGUGAUGUAGUGCAACAUUUGAGUUAUUAGUGUUAGAAUAUGUCAAUCCCUUUUUCCUUUCAGAUACAAAUUACAUGAUUUAUGUGAUGAUGAACAAGUUCCUGGUUUUGACAGG